UCCAAUAUUAAUGCAACUCGUUCUAAUUUUCAGAGAGAAGUUCGUCGACUUGGACAAGGAGUUUGAGCCCAGUUUAUUGAACAGUACCGUCUAUGUUAUCUCUAUGACGCUGCAAAUUUCGACGUUUGCCAUUAAUUACCGGGGCCACCCAUUCAUGGAAAGCUUACUGGAAAACAAGGCUCUGCUCUACAGCUUGAUGGGGUCAGGAGGGGUCGUGCUGGCUCUCUCUUUGGGGGUCAUUCCAGAGUUCGCGGAGCAGUUUGAGAUUGUGGAUUUCCCGUCGGAGUACCGGUUCAUGCUGGUUAAAGUCCUCGUUGCCGACUUCGCGCUCUCUCUCAUCGUUGACCGGGUGUGCUUGUUCCUGUUCGGGGAAGGCAGACUCCCCACACAACUCAAGAGGUGCCCGGCGUAAGGGGAAGUUUCGUUCCAUUUUCAGAGUUCGCCUGUUAUCACGUGUGGGGGGGGGGGUAGCCGUCGGCCCAGCUCACCGGCGACUGUACCCAGAACGUCGACCCCGGGGUAACGAAGAACCCUGGGGGGGGGAGGGAGGAUGCCAGAUAUACCACUGACGUCGACCCCAGAGUACAUGGUGACUGUACCAAGAACGUCGACCACUGAGUACCGGGUGACUGUACCAAGAACGUCGACCACUGAGUACCGGGUGACUGUACCAAGACCGUCGACCCCAGAGUACCGAAGAACCUAG